AUGGAGUGUUCUUGCCAACAGCAGCCUACAAUCUUUCAAAACAAGAAGCCUGUUUUGCUUGGAGAAACCAGCAAGGAAAAACUCCCUCAGUUCUACAAAAACAUUGGUCUAGGCUUCAAGACUCCCAAGGAAGCCAUUGAGGACACCUACAUGGACAAGAAAUGCCCCUUCGUUGGUUGUGUCUUCAUCCAAGGUCAGAGCCUAUCUGGUGUCGUGACCAAGAUGAAGAUGAAUAGGACCAUUGUCAUCUGCUGGGACUAUCUCCAUUACAUCAAAAAAUAUAAUCGCUUUGAGAAGAGUCACAAGAACACGUCUGUGCGUCUGUCCCCCUGUUUUAGGGAUGUACAGAUCAGAGACACUGUUAGUGCUGGAGAGUGCAGGCCACUGAGCAAGAAUGUUCAAGUCAACACGCUCAAGGUCACCAAGGCUGCUGGCACCAAGAAGCAGUUUUAGAAGUUCUAAGGGGACUCUGGCCAAUGCCCUAGAACAAAUAAAGUUAUUUUCCAACUUAAA